CCAUCUCCAGUUGACAGUUUCCAAACGGGCUUUGAAAGAAAGCGACAGCGCGUCAUCAUUGUGCCAUUCCCUCUUUCUCUCUUCUCUUAUAUCCCAUCGGUAUCGAUCCCCUACUUGUACCGUCACGACGAGCUGUUCCUAUUCAAUCGUCAUGGCGACCCAAACUCUCUGCGUCUUCUUCAUCGAGUUGGUCAGCUUCCUCCGCUUCAGCGGGUUGCUCAUUCUCUCCUUCAUCCGGUUGCGCAUCCUCUUUUUCACCGGGGUUUUAGUCGUCUUUCAUGUUGACCAUGCUUGCUAGCACUUGAAACUGGCGCGUCGGACAUAUGUGCGUGGUAGAAUGACGCCUCGGUUGCUGAAGGUUUUAGUUUUCGCGAAACGGGGGACUCGGAUAGACAGACUCAGACUACUACAUACAUAUGCAGCAUUUUGACAACUGAUUCAGAAGCCGUCAGACGCAAGUGCCAUGUCAUGGCCCCGACUCGAACGAACGCUGUUCUUGGGCGAUCUUCGACCGACCACUUCCAGUUCCACUCAGAAGAUGGCAUACGAUCGGAUUCGAUAUUUUCAAAGUCGGACGAACCGCUCUCGAAGACUGAAGACAUGCCUUCCCAGCUUCACGCAACAAAUGCAGGCAAAAACGAGGCGCCAGGGCUCAGAAAGUUACUCGAGCAAUCCACAAGGGACACAAAGCUGAUUUUCAGUGAAAGCGGCGAACUGAUGGUUCAUAUGGACGUCCUCAGGGCCAACGCAGGCUACUUUGCUAGCCAUGCUUCUUUUCAGACCAUCCAGCAAGAUGGAGUAACGAAGCCAACCCACACAGUUGACAUACGACAGAUUGCCACCAACGAGGAGGUCGCCAUGCGUUAUGUGCUCUUUUUCUACACACACAAAGCAUCAGACCUGUGCUUCACAGCGGAAGCCGCUUUUCAGUACUUCGCCCUCGAGGAUUUCUUGGAGCUGGAACCCGGCGUAAUAAGGAAAGUUCGAGCCCACACUUCCGAGUAUCUCGCUCGGGAUUACGACGUAAAGGACGUGAAGCAUAUGCUUACGAGUGCCUGCACCACGCCAAUUGGCCCAGACCUUGUAUGCUCGAUCUUCGACAGUCUCGUCGACGAGGGGCGCCGCAGUGCGGAUUGCGGACGCGGGGAUUGUGGAGCCAUCACUCGACAGAUCCAGUGCAGAGAAUGUCCCCAAACCACCACCAUUUGUCGGAUUUGCAGAGGAUGUGAGAUCCACUGUCUCGCUGGCAGGCUCCGCGGCGCGAUGGCGAUACCUCCCAUCUGGCUCGUAUCCGCAGCGAGUUUUCACACUAUCCCUUACGACAUCGUUGACAUAUGCGCUCGACUGAAGGAGAAGUUGGGAGAACAGUACCAGGAAAUCAGUAGUUCUUUUCACGCCUGGGUCGCCGAGGAGUGUGCACCAAGGGACUCGCUCCUCACAAUGUUCAUUGAAGCGUCAAAGAUUCUCUACUGCUGACCAACGAAGAACCCCAAGACGUGAUGAGUUGCGGAAGGAAAUGCACCGUCGCCGAUGCAUCCUCUGUUGCCUUUAGAGCCUCCGCCGGCUGAGAGCAUAUCGACCCCUGUAGAUUCUUCGAUUCUCCUGUCAGUUACCUUUCAGAGCAGAACUACUCUGUCUACUCUGGACAGUUCCGAUGGGGAAGAUGAAAACGAUGACACCGUCGUGCUUCCCGCCGCGGCUCCAUCCAAGAUCCGUUUGCCAGCUGU